AUGUCUUGCGUUCACUACCAACAAACAAACCCUUCAAAGGAAAAAAAUUACUUCGACGGCCAGUACAAUCGUUAUAUGUCUCCUUCCUACUCGCCGAGAGUUAUAACCCCCGAGAUUUACAGAAGCGCGAGGGGUGAUCCGUCGUAUGGAGACACUCGAAUGCAAACCGGAAGAAUGACGCCAACAUUCAAGCAAGAGGCAAUGAAACACGGGGACGCGAUCACUCUGGAGAAGAUGCAGACGAAAAUGAAGUUCCUCGAAGACAGCAAUAUAGUUAUGCAGACGCGCAAUCAAAAUCUUAUCACUGAGAACAAAGCCUUCGCGACUCAAAAGUACUGCACUGUUCUGUGCGUAUUGUCUCUGUUUCUAACAUACGAUCCGUCUGUAAGACUUAAAGAGGAGCGGAACGAAGUGAAACGACUAGAGAAAAGGCUGACGUUACUGCGAGAGGAGCUAGAUUUUGAAAGAUCGAAGAUCAACGAGAUGAGAAAAGAAGCGGAACAAGCAAAAAAGGAACAAAUGCCAACGGUUGAAACGAGCGGAACGUCGACAACGAACAUUAUAUCUAAAAGCGAUCGUGGAAUUCAAGUCUGGGCGGUAUGCAUGGCUUGUCAGAGAAAACUGGAAAGUUGCGAGAAACAACCACCCACCGUCACCAUUACCAAAUCGGAGCUGGAAGUAUUGGAAAAAGACAUGCAGACUCUUCGAGAUACUAUAAUCGCGCGAGAAGAAGCGUGGGACAAGACUAUGGAACGUGAACAUAAUUACAGACAGCAAUUGACGCGACUCACUACGGAAACGAUCACGGCUCGACACCUUUCCGACACGCGUUACGAAGAACUCAAAACUGCGACGAAUGCGUUGCAGAGGGCCAGAGGGAUAUCAAAGAAGCAAUUUGAUAGCUGAUAUGAACGAGAAAGAUCAAAGAUUUAUCGAAGAGACUGUUCGACGAGUAUCUAAUGGGAAAAGUAAACAGAAAUCAAAAUCGAAAAGCUCUUGCUCGGAAAGAACCGCACAUUCUAUUGUAUAUCAAAGUCUACGUGAAAAGAGUUCGAGGUUUGUUAAGGAUCAACCAAAUUUAAAAGAGUCAAAACGUUAAUAGUAAUUGUUAUUCUCAACAAUAUCUUUCAUUUCGAAAAUACAUGCCAAGAAAAACUAAUUUUUAAACUAAACUAAUAUUUACUUUCAUCGCCUGAUAUUUUCAUUAUUUUAAUCCCAUGUAUAACUGCAAUUUACUUAAAAAAAUAACCAAUAUAUGAAAACAAAAUACUUAUAAAAAUUAAAUGUUUAUCUACCAAUUCUUAUAUUAUCGACUGUUCAAAUAUUAUCAUCGAUUGAUUAAAAAGACACUGAUUUUUUAAUCAACUGAUUUUAAAUUAUAAUCAAGAUUAUAGAUGAUAUUUUAUAGUCAGAAAAAUCAACUAAUGAAGGUUAGUGAGUACUACGUAAAAUAUAAUAAAAGUACAUACAUAUAUAAAUAUUGAUCUUACUUGAAGAUAUUCCAACGUUAAUUUCAAUUAAAUAUUUAUAAUUACGUUGUAGAUAUUUAUAA